AUGACCUCCCUUAUGAAGUACCUCUGGGGCUCCAAUUCUUCCCAAGCCCCUCCACCUAAGCCUCAGUCUACAAUCGCAGAUAUAACCUUCCCCUCAGGCCUUUACAUCAUCCGCAACGUCGCCACAGGCACAGUAGUCGACCUCACCGGUGCUCACCGACAAGACGGCACCCCGGCUGUCGGCUGGCACUUCCACGACGCCAAACAUCAAAAAUGGCAAAUUGCCUCCGCAGGCCAUAACCAAUUCUUCAUCCUCAACGACGCAGCAGGGACAUACCUGACGGCUGACGCACAACCAACAGCGGGCGUAGUUCUAACCACCGGGAGCCUUGUAUCACCGACUAACAAGCGGGCGAGAUGGACACUUGAGUCUGCGGAGACGAAGCAUGCCUACAUUAUCCGCUCUGUAGCUGAUCCCUCCCGAGUCCUGGACCUCUCCUAUUCAGAUUCAAAGAAUGGAACCCCGAUCCUUAUCUACUCCGACCACGGAACGAAGAAUCAACAAUGGAUUCUCGAACAAUUGGAUGCCGCUCCCCCACCAGCUGUAGUCAAGAAUACUCCCGUCGGGGGGGAGGGUGGUACCCCUUUUGAAGAAUUCAAGUAUGUCCCUGUCAGGGUUGUAGAGACGUGGAGUGGAGAGGUGGAAGAUGAGACUGUUGUUCGGGGGUUGCGAUGGACUUGGGACGAUGGAAGUCAGAGCCAGCUUUAUGGUGCCGAUAAAGGAGACCAUCAGGUACUUGUUGUGCCGCUCGGAGGGAAGGUGAAGGAGAGCUCUGUUAGUUCAGGGAAGAGAGUCGAUUCGAUUGUUAUUGUGACGAAGGAUGGCAAGAAGUUUAAGGCGGGUGGUGAUGGGGGUAAGGAGCAUAAGCAGGAUGUUGGGGAUGGGGUGUUGGUCGGGUUUGAUGGGGCUUCUGGGUUGGAUGUUGAUCGUAUUGGAUUGAUCUUUUUGAAGAAGGAUGGAGACUAA